ACCCCAACAAGCCGGGACAGGAGUUGGAGGCCUUCCCCAAGGGCAGCUGUCCUGACUCUAAGGUCUUGCCUGUCUCCUGAAACAACUGUAGGGUGUUGCUCUAACAGAAGAGAGGGUACUUGGCUCGCGCUCAUCUGGUUUUCUUCUCUCAGUGCUUCAGGAUAGAAAAGCCACUGGCAGAAGAUCCGGACCAUGGUGAACCUGCCGGUAAUAAGCCCUUUCAAGAAGCGCUACGCCUGGGUGCAGCUGGCGGGGCACACAGGGAGUUUCAAGGCGGCGGGCACAAGCGGGCUGAUCCUGAAGCGCUGCUCGGAGCCGGAGCGCUACUGCCUGGCGCGGCUGAUGGCGGACGCGCUGCGCGGCUGCGUGCCGGCCUUCCACGGCGUGGUGGAGCGCGACGGCGAGAGCUACCUGCAGCUGCAGGACCUGCUCGACGGCUUCGACGGGCCCUGCGUGCUCGACUGCAAGAUGGGCGUCAGGACGUACCUAGAGGAGGAGCUGACCAAGGCCCGCGAGCGGCCCAAGCUGCGGAAGGACAUGUACAAGAAGAUGCUGGCGGUAGACCCCGCGGCGCCCACCGAGGAGGAGCAUGCGCAGCGCGCCGUCACCAAGCCGCGCUACAUGCAGUGGCGGGAAGGCAUCAGCUCCAGCACCACGCUUGGCUUCCGCAUCGAGGGCAUCAAGAAAGCUGACGGCUCCUGCAGCACUGACUUCAAGACCACGCGAAGCCGCGAGCAGGUGAUUCGCGUCUUUGAGGAAUUUGUGCAAGGAGAUGAGGAAGUGCUGAGGAGGUAUCUGAACCGCCUGCAGCAGAUCCGGGACACCCUGGAGGUCUCCGAGUUCUUCAGGAGGCACGAGGUGAUCGGCAGCUCCCUCCUCUUCGUGCAUGAUCAUUGCCAUCGAGCUGGUGUGUGGCUCAUCGACUUCGGCAAGACCACGCCCCUCCCGGAUGGCCAGAUCCUGGACCACCGGCGGCCCUGGGAGGAGGGCAACCGCGAGGACGGCUAUUUGCUGGGGCUGGACAAUCUCAUUGGCAUCCUAGCCAGCCUGACUGAGAGAUGAAGCAGGACUCCUGUCCAUGCCAGGGCCGGCCGGUCUGUCAUUGGACCUGCGGCUGCGUCCCCACCGUGCAUGCCGGCGAGAGACUGGAACCCCGCGGUGCGGGGCGGUUCAAACGGUCCUGCAGGGCCAGGGGCCAACCACUAAGGGGGCGCACUGCCGACGCCCGGGUUGGCGACCACAUGGGCCCCGGCGUUCCCAGGGCCGAAUGACACUAAUUUACAGGAGGGGAGGGUAGGGGGCUUCUUCCUCAGCCCAGCUCUUCUGAGGAAGCUCCACCCCCUCUCCAAAGGGGCCAGAUAAUGAAUUUUGUUUCGCAAGCCUAGACCAAUUGGUCUAACCUCUCACACUACAGCGGACUCCCUUUCCCAAUAAAACUCAGACCCAA